AUGGGGGAGAAGCCUGCGCUGCGGUGGCGAGUGGAAGAGUGUCCGUGGCUGUGUUUCCUCUGCGUCCUGCGGUGCAGGCUGCGCUCCGAGCUCCACCGACGGGAGCGCACACAUCUGAGGACGGAAAAAAAACCCCAGGGAAUGGAUCGGCAGCAGGAACAUCUGUCAAGUUGGAGCCCUGCUGAGCUCAGCUUCUCCUCAUUGCCGCAGGAAAACCUCAGCCACGCCUAUCACUUCCACAGCAAUCAAAUGCUAACUUCCACUUUCAGCUCCUCUGCCGUUCCUCUCCAUCAGCCUCUGUCCUCACCCCUGCCCUCCUCUCUUGUUCCACAUCCGUCCCUUAUUCCCUUCCCUGAGCUUCCCACGACCUCCUCAGCCAUGAAGGUGCCAUCCAUUUCCUCCUUUCCCUUGUCCCCCUCCAACGUCUCGGGGAAUGAUUUGACAGACCUGGAAAGUCUGCUGCUCUGGACCCUGCAUGAGCCCAGCACCAUCGCUCUGACCAUCAUGUACUGUCUGUCUUUCAUCCUGGGAUUUAUGGGGAAUCUAAUGUCCCUGAGGGUCCUGACCAGCAGGCGCAGUCGGCGACUGGCUGGUGUGAGCGCUACUCGCAGUCUCCUGGUCAACCUGGCAGUGUGUGACCUGGCCGUGGUCUGCGUGUGCAUGCCCAUCACUCUGGGAAAUCAGAUCUACACCGCAUGGGUGUACGGCGACCUGUUGUGCCGAGCUGUGCCCUUCACGCAGGCUGUUUCGGUGUCGGCCAGCGUGCUGACGUUGACGGUGAUCAGUGUGAAUCGUUACUACAGCGUGCGAUCCCCGCUAAGAGCCCGCUCCAUGUUUACCCGGCAACGGAUCUUGGCAACUGUUGCUGUAGUGUGGACCGUGUCCUCUGCGAUGUGUGCUCCCAUCGCAGUGAUGAACCGGAGGCGAGAGAUCAGCUUUGAGACUUUUACUAUCUUGAUCUGUCAGGAGGAGUGGCCCCAACAUCGGCUUAAGCAGGGAUACAAUGUGCUAUUGUUUGUGAUGCUCUACUGUUUGCCAGUGACGUUUAACCUCACCAUCAGCUUUCUGACUGGAAGGAAGCUAUGGGGGGGGAAGAAAUCCAGUUUUUCUGAUCUUGAUCCACGCAGUCAAGCUCUUCACACCUCACGCCUGAAGACAAGGCAGAAAAUUGCCAAGAUGGUGGUAUGUCUAGUUCUCCUGUUUGCAGUGUCCUGGCUGCCACUCUAUCUAGCUGACCUUUGGAUUGAUUGUGAACAAAGGCCACCAUCUUGGCUGUUGCAAACACGACCCUUUGCUCAGUGGCUGGGCCUGACAAACUCCAGCCUUAACCCCAUCUGUUAUUGUUUCAUUGGUGAUCUAUAUCGCUCGGCAAAGGUCAUACGGACGCGAUACUAUCAGAAAGUUUCUGCUCUCUUCAGCACUGCCUCCUUCUCCAGCACAGCUGCAGCGGCAUCUCCUGCUGCCGUGAUUACAGACUCCAAGGUGACUCCAGCUGAGCGCCACCAUAUCGCAGCUGCUGUGGCAGCUUCUGCAUCCAUGGCUACAAUCCCCAGACUGCUAAACUUAGCGAGAGGCCAAGGACUGGGGCAGAAGGUUAGGGACAUUUCCGACAGCCGAGCUGGAUCAGACCACAGUCUUUCCGACUGGUUUCGGUCCAGCCCCAGUCUUUAUGACAAUUCUCUGUUCCCCUGUCAGAUUCACGUACUCCAGCACAUACAAAAGCCAGAGUUAACGCCGGCAAGAAGACACUCUGCAAAUGAGAUUGCUCUAACAUUUCCUCUACAGACUGAACCCGUGGAAAUGGACGCGCUACUUUUGAGGAGACAUUCGGGGGGCAGAGUAUAUGGUCUGCCCACAGAUAAGAGAAACGCCAAUGCCAUUGGUAGAGACGCAUUCUGUUCCACUAAGAAAUGCCGAGGCAAAACGUCGCAAAACUAUUCACUGGAAGAAAACAGGGAGGAUGAAGCAACAAAUAUGACCAGCCUAUAA